AUGCAAGACCAGACGCUCCCCAAAGAAGAUGUCCCAGUCAGUGACAUUCUGAAGGAAUUGGCAGAGAAAAUCGAUAGCAUUGGAAUUUCAAGAUUCAACAUAAAUCGCUCCAAUGUUCUUGACGGGGCCAUACAGGGUCUUAAAAGGUUGACAUUCAGCCCAUGCAAUACUUUGAAUGUGAGUUGUUCUGACGAUAAGGGGGCGACUGAGGAAGCUAUUGACCUUGGGGGGCCAAGAAGAGAAUUUCUUCGCCUUCUAAUGCAACCAGAGUCCGAGAUGUUUGAGGGACGCGAAGGCCAUCGCAACUUGGCUCUAGAUUUCAGAGCUUUACGUGAGGACAAAUAUUUUUAUGCAGGAACUGCCAUUGCCCUCAGCCUGGUCCAUGGCGGUCCACUGCCAUGUUUUCUGUCAAAGACUCUUUUCACGGGCAUAUCCGAGGGAGCAGACCAGUCAGAGCUGGAAGACGUCACUGAUUCUGAUCUGCGCGACAAACUAACAAAGGUUUCUGAAGCCACGACACUACAUGACCUGCAGCUGUCUGUGGAGCCUAUCAGCGACUACUUGGCCACCGCUGGCUGCUUAAGGCUCUUAACAUCCUUGACCGACAAAUAUCCACUGCUGGAGGACAUCCUGAUGUUCCACGUGGUCCAUCGUGUUCGGGCACCGUUGGAGCGAUUCAAAGACGGGCUGAAAACCCUAGGCGUGUUGCCGAAAAUACAACAGCACCCAGAGGCAUUUCGCCCGCUGCUGUGCUACAACCCUCCCACGCUCACAGCCGACUCUCUGGAUUGUCUCUUCACCAUCAACUGGUCCAAGGAUGGGAGCAACUCCCGGAUUGGCGAGAACAAGACAGUGGCAUUUUGGAGGGACUUCCUUCAGGAUGUAGAAGAAGAGAAGAAAAUGACUUUGGAAUCUAUUCUUACCUUCACUACGGGGUCUAAUGUGGUUCCACCGAUGGGGUUCUCCCCUCAGCCAUCCUUGGAAUUCCUUCAUGGUGGAGGAAAAUAUCCAAUUGCAAACACUUGCAUAAACUGCUUACGGCUGCCCCUUCACUCAGAAUACGAGCCUUUCAAGGAGGCAAUGGAGUUUGCCAUCCAAAACACAUAUGGAUUUGGUAUGGCUUAG